UCAUAUGCCAGACCACAUCAGAAAAACAGUGUGGGUGACAACCUUGCUAAAUUUCCUCUGUACUGACUGUUGGACCACUUCCGAUGUGUCAAGCUCAUUUAAGCUGUUAAGCUCAAUCUAAAACCUUUUGCUGAGAGGAUGAGUUUGUGAUCUGUGUUUUUUAUGAGCAGUAAUGGUACAGCCAGGAUGCUUCAUGUUGGGUUUUAUUUCUGCGGGGACAGGAAUUUCUCCAAUAUGAAACAGAAAGGCUUCAUUUUCACUUUUUUACUUGUUUGGAACUUCUCUACUUUCUCAGGAAACAGUGAGUAGCUAAUCAAAUCAUUACUUAACUAAAUUCAUUAUUUAAAUUUCUUAAUUAAAUACAAUGUAUUUAAAAUACAAUUCAUGAGCUGACUUUUGAAUGUUUUAUAUUUUUUUCAAGUGACUGUUAAUAUAAAUCAGCAACGUGAUAUUUUGCCAGUCGCAACACAACUUAAUUUUUCGCUGGGAUGUCGUGCUGUGAUACCGUAUCAGGAUUGCAGCCAUCAUUUAGACUCUUUCAAAUGGCUUUACAAGAAGGACCAAAGUAGUAAGCAGGUUCAGUUGUUCUUCCAAGAUAAGAGUGGAGUGCAAUAUCAUCAAAUGUCCAAUCCCAAAUUGAAAAUUGGAUCCAAUCGUUCCUUGGUCAUCAGUUCUUUUACUGAGGAUGAUGAAGGUGUGUACUGGUGUGAAACUUGCCAAGAAACAUGCCAAAAGUCCACUGACAUCAUAGUGAAGAAAGAGACGUGGAAAGAAGUCAAUAUGACAGUUUACAUUGUUGCUGGCAACAGUUUUCAGCACACAUGUUCAAGUGAACUUGAUAGAAUAAAAUGGAGUUUUGAACCAACGACUGCUCUCGGGAAAUCAGAACUAAGAGCAACAACAGAGAAUUUGACUUUCAACAAGUCUAUAUAUAUUGGAAAUGUCAGAAGAGAAGAUGCUGGGAAAUACACCUGCUGGAUGAGUAACUGUGUCGGACACAGUAUUAAGCUAGUCACUAUCAAUUUGUGUGUAGUUACAGUAUAUGACAGUAAGGAUUCAUCUGCAUCUUGUGCUGUGACGUGCGGCAUGAAAUCCAAUAAUCCAAACAGAACUUCAGCUACAUCUGUGCAUGUACAUUCAGACGGGUCCCUAAAGUGCAAUAUAGAUUCAGUGUUUGAUGGAUACACUACAUUCACUACCAGUCAAACUUCAUUAAAUGCAUUUAGCACAACAACAGAUUUUGAAAAAGAGCCUGAAGACUGGAUCCCACUUAUUUGUGGUAUAUCAGUAUCAUGUGUCAUUUUAAUGGCACUUAUCAUUUUUUGCUUCAAAUCAAGAUUACAUUCAGCAUUUCCUGUUCAAAUUUGUUGCUGUGGCUUGAAUAGCAGGGUGGAAGAGGAGUCUUCAGUGGUUUAUUCAUCAAUUAUCAUCAGGACACCCGGCAAAAGAAUUAAUCACAUGACCUCUAGUGAUUGUGUUUAUUGUGAAAUAAAAGUAUAGAGAAAAAAAAAGUCCAGGAUAAGU